UGGUAUGAUAUAUAUCUUGCGAAAUGAGCUCAUCCCCAUACAACUGGCAGGCGGAAAAACCUUCAGUUCAAGAUGCAAUUUCCUUCCUUUUUAAUAACGAAAUAUUAAGCGAUGUACACUUUAUGGUCGGAAAAGGUACUCAAAGGCGACGGAUACCGGCUCACAAGUUUGUACUGGCUGUAAGAAGUGCUGUUUUCGAUGCUAUGUUCAAUGGUGGUAUCUCGGCCCAGUCAGACGAAGUAGAAUUGCCCGACGUUGAAUAUUCCGCUUUCCAGUCAUUACUUCGCUUCCUGUAUACAGACGAGGUGCAAAUCGGACCAGAGACAGUGAUGACGACUCUGUACACGGCCAAGAAAUACGCGGUUCCAACGUUAGAGAACGCCUGUGUGGAUUUCUUGAAAAAGAAUUUGAGUGCUGACAAUGCUUUUAUGUUGCUCAGUCAGGCUCGAUUAUUCGAUGAGCCUCAGUUAGCUGCCCUUUGCCUUGAAUGCAUUGAUAAGAACACUACAGAAGCUCUUGCGGCUGAGGGAUUCACAGACAUUGAUUUUGACACAUUCUGUGUUGUUUUGCAAAGGGAUACUCUCUCGAUUCGUGAAAACCAGCUCUUCGCGGCAGCUUUGCGCUGGGCUGAGCAUGAGUGUCAGAGAAGGAGAAUACCAAGCACCUCAGAAAAUAAAAGGUCAGAUUAUAAACAGUAUUGGUUUUUUAGACCUGGGUUUAAAACUGUAUCCUCGCAACAUGAAUUGCAUGCUCAACAAAGACCUUAUUUGAUUUCUGCAGGUUCUUUCUUGAGAAUGUCAAAAUUGAACAAGCAAAAGGAGGGCACUGCUGGCAGGAGUGUCCUCAAUGUUAGUUUUUUUCAUGCUAGAAACGUUGAGCCUUGUUCUGUGUUGUUUUGUGUUUCACUUUCCUUCAAUUCUAUGAGCUUCGUGACUAUAAAACAAUGAUGUGAUCCUCAGCAUGUUACAAGCGUGACAUAGAAAAAUCUUGAGUCCCAGACAGGAUUCAAACCUAUGAGCUUCCAAAUAGUGGAUGGGUGCUCAGCUAUCCACUGAGUUAUGGAGAGACUUGUGGAGAUCAUGCACUAAGGUCAAAUUUAACAUGUGUCCUGCAUAUGGCUACAUGUAGGAUCAGUAAUUUCAAGAGCAUACUGUAUGAUUCACAAACAUAGAACAGUACCCUGUUGCGUCUCUUUCAUAGUUGGGUUGACCUAUGAACUCAUUGAAAACAUGAAAAUUUUAGCAGAGAAAAUAGUGGUGGCGUAUGAUCUCAAAAAACCAAGCCAAUCUGGGCAAAUGAUCUCAUAUAUGAGUACCAUGAGUGUGGUUUAAAAUGCUAAAUUCGGUCGACUGUAAUUUGGCUGGGGUUACAAUAAUUAUAUUAAAAAUAAUGCCGUUUAUUUGUUUCUUUAUCUCCUUUUAGAAAUGUUCUGUCAAGAGCCUUGUACAUGAUUCGUUUUCCUCUGAUGAGUAUUGAAGAGUUUGCUGUUAGUGUUGCACAGUCUGGAAUCCUAACAGAUAAGGAAGUGGUCAGCAUGUUCCUUCAUUUCACUGUCAACCCUAAACCACAGGUCCAGUUUCUUGACAGGCCACGCUGCUGUCUUACUGGCAAAGAAAAGGUAAUCUGUCGCUUUCAAAAGGUGGAAAGUCGCUGGGGUUAUAGUGGCACCAGUGACAGGAUACGAUUCACCUGUAAUCGUCGCAUCUUUGUGGUGGGCUUUGGCUUGUAUGGGUCCAUGUAUGGUCCAAGUGACUAUCAGGUAACAAUUCAAAUCAUUGCAACUGACACUAAUAAAAUCUGUGGUCACAAUGACACAGCAUUCAGCAGUGAUGGCAGCGACUCUACGUUUCGUGUCAUGUUUAAGGAGCCUGUGGAGAUUCUCUCCGGAGUUAGUUACACUGCAUGUGCAACCCUCAAAGGACCUGAUUCCCAUUAUGGCACAUCAGGGGGAAAGAAAGUCAUUUAUGAAACAGAGCAGAAAGAGAAAAUUAUUUUCCAGUUUUCAUAUGCUACAGGAAAUAAUAAUGGAACCUCUGUUGAAGAUGGCCAACUUCCUGAAAUAAUAUUUUACACUUAAUGAAAAGAAUGCAACUUACUGGUACUUGCAGUAUUAAAGGAAUGCAUUUAAAAAAGGCCUUAAGGGACAUGUCAGUUUGUUUCACAAGAAAGCAAGUAUUAUUAUGAAAGGACAAUUAGUGUUUUAUCUAGUGUCACAUACAUGUUACCUGCGAAUACCAGUACCUGUUUUCUUUUGCCCAUCACCCUCCAUCGUAUGUUAUCUAUUUUUGCUGAUGCACAGUUUUGUGCUAAGGUAACAGUACACCAGCCUUUUCAAACAAAACCCGAGGCCUUUUGAAUGUUUGUAGUGGCAAUUUAGCCAUUUCUUUUUUGUUAACAUAAUACUAAGGGUGAAUAUCAAGGGACGACUAUUGUGUUGAAAAAGCUAGUGUAGAUUGCAGGUUUUGGCUCUUUUUAAACUGCUUAGCAGGCGCUUGGAAGUAGUGGGUGCAAGAAAGAACGGGGGUGUGAGUGAGAGACAUGCGAGGGGAGAGAGAGCAUGUCUCCCUCUUGUGCACCCCUUCUUUCUUCCAAGCGCCUGCUAUGCAGGCCAGGCUCUUUUUGGCUCUUUGUCCUGUAUUUUAUAGGCAAAAGUAGAAGAGACUUAAAGUAUGGUAGCUUCUAGGAUGCAUUCAGUCACUUUUUCAAAAAGUGAUUUUGAAUCAAAAUCAAGAGAAAUUUUGCGGCUGUGAAUACUAAACCUUGUAGAUUAAGAGUAUUUACUCAUACAUGUAUAAUGAUAUUAUGUGAAUUGUCAUUAUAAGUAAACAGGAAGUUCUUUUGCCCCAACAAAGCAAAGCUGCCUUGUUUUUGAUUCCACAAUGCCAUUUCAGGGAAGCAAGUAAGCUGAAAGAAGGCUUUGCACAUUAGGAAAACAGGUAAUCAUGUGUUUUCUCUGUUUAGUUUUAAGCUAAAAAUCUCAAACCAUCUUCAUUCUGGUUGUGGUAUUAAAUAGCCAGUUGUUUGCUGCAACAGCAGCCCUUUAGCUUGAAACAUUUGGACUUUUAGUAUCUGAAUUGUUGGCAAAUUUAUCCCAGAAAGGAAAAAAACUAUUUACAGGGUAUAACAUUUUUUGUGUAUGUCAUGUAUAGAAUGUCAAUUUUUGUUGGUAGAACAUUGGAAAAUUGUCAUUAGAAACCAGUUUGAAAGGGCUUUAAGUGGGUUAGUCAUACCACUUAGCAGUUAAGUUUUCUCUUGAAUAUUGAAACGAACGCUGACUUAGACGAACUUAGACAAUCACUGGAGCUUCAGAACUUAUAAUCAGCGGGUUGUUUAAAGCCUUUGAUAACUUUCGUUAGCCUUUGGGAGACAAGGAAAUCUUAGUUUUUGCCUCAAAUUUAUGAUGGAAGCCUAAGAUUUUGUAGAUUUAGCGCUUUUGAGUGCAAGUUCGUUUCCGUGCAUUUAUGUAUAUAAAGGCUGUUCAGAACU